GAGUUCUCGCGCGCGCGCACUCUGUGCACAAAUUUGCGGAGGAGCAUUAUCAACACAAACAGGAUUUUAUGAUGGUAACCAUGCAUUCUGUAUAAGCUUGACGAACUCAGAGCCGGGAUCAAGAUCAUCAAUUCUCCAUACUUCCUAUCAGCAAUGGGUGCAGACUCUGGCCCCCCAGUGAUUUGUACUAUCACUGAGGACAACCGCAAGGCUGAGAGCCCUGUGGCGUAUCAAUCACUCCAAGGGUGUGGAGUAGAGGAUAAGUUCUUGGAGCACACAGUCGGUUGUAUGUUAGUAUAGUAUCUUCGGAUUGCUGUGAUGGAGCCGACCGUCGUGCCUGUAGGAUGGAAGAGAGCCAUUGUCAAUGAGAAAGUAGUCUAUAUGAGCCCCAGUGGACAGCUCUUACAGUCAACCGAGGCAGUGCAGACCUACUUGAGCUCCGAUGGCACCUGCAAGUGUGGCCUUGAGUGUCCGAUCAACCUUGACAAAGUCUUCAACUUUGAUCCCAGGGUGCUUUGCAAGCCACGUACAGCCCAGGAGGCCAGUAACGACAAUGGACUCACUAAUCUCUGCAACCAUAAGAGGAAAGUGGUCGCCAUGGCAACCUGGCUCGACAGUGUGGAGACGGCAAAGGUGGAAGAUGAUGUUACAGCCAACAAUCCUGGUCCAAGUAAAAGUAGACCCAUCCCCAACUUUGCAACAGAGAUGCAAUUCCCUAACUUCCCAACACCAAACUCUCUUCCCAACUCCAUGCACCCCGGUACUAUGCCACAAAUGAAUCAGAUGAACUACAUGCACCAUAUAGACUCAAUCCCAUUUGAUGCCCAUAUGCAACGCAAUACUAUUGAGGCACAGCAGCACCAGAUGCGAAUGCUCUAUGAAUUCCAUCAACAGUUUGGUACAAAUCUGAAACAACGCAAGCCAAAAAACCAAGGGGAGUUUUUUGCUGGUAACCAGCACAUGCAGCAGCAGAUACCUUUCACCGGACAGAGUGUACCUGGUAUGUCUCCCCCUAGGUUUGCUUACCCAGGUAUGCCUCGAUAUCCUCGGCAGAGAUUCCCCUUUCCGGGUGAAUUCAAUCAGCAGCAUCCUGGGGCAAUGAGGAACCUUCAUCCUGGGGUUGUACCAAGGGGCAUGCCUCAAGGAAUGAUGUCUCCACAAAUGGGCAAUAUGUUUCCAAGGCCACAACAUUCACAUGUAGCAAACAAUCAACAGAUGUGCAUGCCUGGCAUGUAUGGAGAGGAUGUAUCAAUGUACGUAGCUGGACCUACUAGUCCUACCUUCCCAGGAGUACUGCAUCCUGGAAUAAGGCCUAAAAAGAAGAGGUCACGUAGCGCAGAUCAGGUCAAAGUGCCAACUACGUGCUCUCCAAUUCAGCAUGUCCUUUGUGAAUCUGAUACCAGGUCCAUGUCUGCUAGUAAUCUCCUGUCGAUUGCUGCUAAAGCUCAGUUAGCCAACAAACAGCAACAAGAAGCUGUUUGUAAAAUGCCAAACCUCGCCAGCCAAUUACUACAACUCCCCCAUGAGGAAUUGACCAAAUUGAUAAAAGCUCACCAACAGCAGGCAAAAAUGGAAUCAAAUGAGAAAGAUGCAAACUCUGAGCAAUUGUCUACCAAUCCAUCAACAAGUCUCUGUCAUGCAGCACCUACGGACAAUCCAUCUGAAAACCUAGAGAUGGACAAAUCUAUUGUACAGGAACCACAAAGUAUAGUAGAUGGUGAUGGGGAUGCAUCCCAUCAUAGGGAAACUGCUGAAAAUGAAGAAAAAGAAUCUGUAUGUAAAUCACAAUGCGAGGAGAUUUCUGCAGAUCAAGAGAAACUCCAAGACUCAGAGCCUUUGACAACUCCAUCUUCACCAUCACAAGCAAAGUGUGUCAGUCAGAAAUCAGAGAGUUUUGAUGAGAGUUCAAGAACUUUGGCCAGUGAAAUCGAGGAUGUGACUGACAAACAGACAGUGUCUGAUGAGCCUGUGAAAUGUGAAAAGAGUGAACCAAACAAGGAAAGUUCUUCAGAAGUGCAAUCUAGUAAUCCUAAAAGUAAUCAUCCAUUGGAACAUGUCAUGAAUGAAGAGGAGUUACAUAGAUUAAAAAUGGAGCAAGAAUACCUCCAUGCUUUACCUGGUAAUGUGCAACAACCACUGAGAGCUGGAUAUCCAGUUGAAAUGAUUCCAGGCAUGCCAACCAGAAUGCCAGUACCACCAGGACAUGUGGUUCCUAGGAUGCCAGGAAUACCAGAGCUUGGUGCCAUGGGUUACCCUCCAGUACCUUGGGGAGGACUCCAGAAUCCAACAUUUGCAAUGCAUGAAACAGAACUAGACUUUGCUCCAAGCAAGAAGCGCAAAAGGAAGGCUAAAAAUCAGAGGAGUAUUUCUGCUGAUGGAUUAUUCACUCAUAGUGGUAUGGUGUCCCAUCAGCAAAUUCCUCAGAUGAUACCUUUUCACAGUCCUGACCAACCAGCUAUGCCCCAGAUGGUUGUGAGGAAUCCCCACAUGAACCCUCCUCAUAACCCAGUACCACCUAAUCAUCACGAGUACCCUCAUACACAUAUUCCAGGAAUGGUACGUCCUCCAUUUCCUGAUCAGCAGCUUGUCAUAGAACAACAGAAUAUCAAUAGUCUUCCUGUCAUUGUUCAAAGUGCUCUUGAAGAUGCUCAGCUGAGGAACAUGUUGCCUCAGUUGCAACAACAGCGACUUUACAUGAAAACUACGGGUCCUAAGAAGGUGAAGGAUAUGCUUGCAGACUUACGUAAUUCUAAUCAGACUGCUGUCACAAGUGCAAAUUCAGAAAUUUCCAGUACCAGUAAGGAUGUAACACCCAUUGCUCAAAGUAUCAGCGAAACCAUAAAUACAACUUCCACCAAUGUUCCUAUAUCGCAAGCAGUUAAAAUAUCACAACAGACAUUGUGUACAGAAGGAUCCCAGACAGUUAUUGAAUUAGAUCCACAAUUUUCUUUGCCUAGAGAUUCCAUCAAAACCUGCAAUGCCACUGGCAGUGAACCAUUAAGCACUAUAUAUUACUCCAGCAAUGCAGAUUCUUCGAUAGAUCCUCAACAUCCUUCUGAGAUUGCAGUGUCAGAACCUGUAAAUGAACAGUACUCAUCGAUUUUAAGUGAUUCACACAUUGAAGACAUGCAAACGAUUGGGCAAAAUCAGGAUUGUGAUAAUUCCAAAGACAGUUUGAAUAAUUGUGGUACAGGUAAUGAUGAAGUAGUAACUCAUCCUGCAGCUGGAGCCAACAUUGAUGAUGCCCCUUGUGUUACAAGACAGGAAGUUAGUGAAACAAUUGAAACUUCAAUGGAGGUUCUUGAAGAAACCUCAGAGGCAGAUGGGACUGCAGUUGAUAUUGCUUGUUCAACUUCAUCUGCCAGUAAGACAUCAGAGGCAGAGGUGGUUCAUGAUCCUGGGAAUCUGUCCACACCAGCUAUGCCGUCAGAGAGUGAAGAACAAGAAGUUGCUACACUACUCUUAUCAAUGACUGAUCAACCCUUAAAUUCCCCUUUUAGCAACAGUUCUGAAAAAUGCCAUAGAGAAGAUAAUCAUACUAUUAAUCUGUCGACUGAUGUUUCUCAUUGCAAAGAUGAAGGUGUAACAUUAGAAUCUGGUAGACAAGUUACCAACAAUGAGUGUUCUACUCAGAAAGAACAGAGCAAUGAGAGUGAGAUCUCGGUUGUUACAUGUUCACUUCCAGUGGCUGGAAUCGAUUCCUCAAUGGAUCAAGUUGCGCAAAUGACAGAUGGCAGAAGUGAUUGUUGUAUGGCUGAUGAAUUAACUAUCAACCAAGUAGAUAAUCCCAGUUCUAGUUUUGAAGCAUCACAAGACCAAGUAUUUAGUUUAGAAAAUGCUCGUCUGUUAAUGCAAGAAACUGAAAAUGUUGAAUCAAAUUUAGAGUGUGUUGUUUCUACAAGGUCAGACGUCUUGCCCAUGAACGCUGCAUGUGAUGAUAAAGCCAAAGAUUCACCCCAGUCACAAGAUUCUUCCAUGUCAUCUUCACAGGCAGAUAAAUCAAGGAAAGACUCUUGUGAAAGAAAUCCAGAACCAGGCAGUGAGGCUGAUGCCGAGGUCUCAUCUAAAUGGAUUACAACGGAAACAGAGAAUGCCACAUCAAGAAUACAACUCAGUAGUGAAGUAGAUAAAGAGAUUAUAUCACAGGUCAAAGUUCAACAAUGUAUACCAGAUAUGGAUGUGGGAGGAGGGGAAGGAAACAAACUUGUCAAAUAUGAGCAAGAAACGGAAACUGAUUCUGAACUUAGUACAGCAGUUGAGAACAGUGGAUCUGACAACCAAUUAAGGACUGACCCCCAAAUUGAUAUUAAAAAUGCCAAAGAACUAUGUAAUGUAGAGGAGGAAUGUCAAAGAGGUUCAAUGGAAAGCUUCGAAGGUGUUAGUAGUGGUAGUGGAAGGCUGUUACCAGAGUGCAAUGUAAAUUCUAACAAUUCCAAUUCCGGUGAUCAUGUAGUUCAAAGUGAAGAAAUUUAUGAUGUAGAUUUAAAUUCAAAUACCAAACCUGCAGAGGCUUUAUCAGGCCCAAGCGAGGGUUGUGCAGACAGUGCUUUGUGUGAUGUCAGUGUCAUUGACAUACCUGGAGAAUCAGUAAAACAAGUCAUUUGUGAGGAAUCUGUAGGAGUGGAUGCUCCUGAAUCGGUUCUUGUGAAUUCACCUAGGAGUAGCAUUGAUUUGUCUCCAGAAAAACUUGAAGAUCAAGAAAACACUUCAUCUCCUUGUGGUCUUAAUUUUGAAAGCAAUGGUGAGGAAGCAAAAGAGGGAAUGUCAAUUCAUGUAUCUAAUCAAGUGCAGGAUUCAGUUGCUCUUUUAAGUGAAAGAACUGAUGAAGAUUUUCCAGAUUCUUCUGAGAGGAAUUCAGCUGCAUUGGAAGACAUUCAAAGUAGUGAGAACAGGACUGAAUCACAAGAACCUCAAAGGCAGUCAGAAUUGACGUUUGAAAACACUGCUGCUGUUCAGGACGUGAAGCAAGAAACAAAGUGUACAAGUAAAGAUUGUGGUGCUAGUGGUGGUCGAGUUGCCCUGAGGGACUCCUCUGUGAGCAACAUCCAAGAAGUGUUUGCUGUUCCUGAGAUGAUUAAGAAGCCAGCUGAUCAGAGUGACAGUGUGACCUCUGUCAUGGACAGACCAACAGAUAAUGGAAUAGUGGGAGAUGUAGCCUCCUGUUCUCCCACCCGUGAUGACGAACCUUCGUUCACACCUGAGUUUGAGACAGGAGACCUGGUCUGGGGUCAAAUCAGAGGUUACUCUUCUUGGCCAGGGAAGCUAGUUAGUGAUGCUGAGGUCAAAGGUCAGAAGAAGAAGGAAGAAGGCAAGGUUUGGGUGAUGUGGUUUGGGGAUCACUCCUUUACUCAAGUUGAACCAACUAAGUUAAAAACUCUCACUGAGGGUCUAGAAGCUCAUCACAAAGCAAGAACAAGACAUAGAACAAGGCACCGGACAUUAACGAGCAGUUUAGAGGCAGCCAUCCAAGAAGCUAUGAUGGAGCUGGAUAAUAAAGCAGAACAGGCAAAUGAAAAGAAGAGGAAAGCAGGAGCGAGAGGGCGAUCACGGCUGAAAAGGCCCAAAAUCAGAUAAGAAAAUGUCACAUUUUCACUAUCAUUAAUCUUGUGAUGGCCUUAAUAACUAUGUGAUUUAAGUAUUCCUAUGAAAGAAUUGGUUUUAUUUAUGAGUGUGUGAUUUUAUGAUCAAAUUUUAUAAUAUUGAUUUAUUUUUCUGGAAUAUCCAGGGGAAAUGAAUGUUUAACCUUGGUAGGUUCAUCUAAAUCAGGUGGGAUAUUUUAUUGUAAAGUUGAUUUAUGUUAUGCAUAAUUUGAAAUUAAAAAAAAAAGUGCAAAAGAAUUUGCAUUGAAUCUUGUAUGCUGAAUAACUGUUAAGCAUUCUCUGUAUGUUUUUUUAAUUCACUUACUGACAAGUCAAGUGAACCACCCCACCGCUCAAAAAAAAAAAUGAUUUAGAAAGUUUGAUUUUCUCCUGUCUCCACUAACAUUUGAAAUUCAAUUCAUUUUUUUACAUAUGUAUUUUAUUUGCCAUUUUGUACAAAAUGAUAUUAAUUGGGGCUUGUCACUUAUGACAGCAUUCAAAAAAUUGAAUCAGAGCAGAAAAAAAACAGUCAAGUAAGUGGCUAUGCCCUGUAUAUCAUCCCUGAAUCUAUUCUUAUGCAAUCGUACAGUCUACUGGUUCUACAUCCAGAUAGUAAGAAUUGGAUUCCAGCUCAGUGGUCAUACUUCAUGUAUCUACAAAGAUACUACAAGGGAAAGACUGGACACUUGUGAUUUUUUGAAACAUACAAUUUUGUUCAUUGUGAAGGGCACCCAACAGUGAUGAGUAAGCAAACACUUCGACAGGCAGGAAUGUGUGAUGCAUAUGGGGUGAAUGAAAGAGGGCAUGAGUGCGGUGCAGAGGAAUAAUUUCACCUCUCCAUUCGCAGAAACCUAUAAGAUCUAUGCAUAUAUCUAAUUUUUUCAAGACUUUUUGGGAAAAAAAAACUUCACCCCUCUACCAUUUCUCCCAUAUGUUUUGUACAAAUCCCAAAAUGACGGUAUGCGAAUGUAUACCUACCCAGUGCUGUCGGGCGUCCUUUCCAAGCGUUACAUUAUGUGCUCUUUUGAUUGUCUAGUCUUCACCUGGUAGUGUCUCUGAUAUCUAUGCCAACAGGAAAAUUAGUUUUGUUCGUUUCGAAAUUAAAACCAUUUUCUUAUUGCCUAAUCCAAAUAUGGAGUACAUGUAUACGUCUCUAUGUUUCUGUACAAUACUUACAAUAGCCGUGAUCUCUAUGUGUCUACAUUUUUUAAGAUGUAUUUCAGAUUAAAUAUCAGGGGAGUAUUUCAUAAAACAGAUACUGAUUUUCACAAUUGUUAAAAGCUACUGAAAUGAGUGUUACUGAUUGGAUGAGAGAAAUUUGUCGGUGAAAAUUGCUUACAGUUGCUUCAUAAAACUCUUCCCUAUAGUAAAAAAAAGAUAUUUUGAUUUCUUUCUCGAGAUUGAUGUUUGUGUUUUGAUUUUUAGCUCUUGAAAUCUUAAAAUUGAUCAUAUUCCAUGCGCAUUGAUAAAAUAUACUUUGCCAAAAUAUUGUGUAGAGAUUUUGGUUGAGAAAAUUUGAUGGCCAUUCCAUCUUUAUUGAAAAAUAGGAAUGAUUGGAAGCAAAUUGUAAACAUUUUGGUUUCAUAUUGUUUCAAUGUAGUAAAGAGUAACAAAAAUGUUUAUCACUGUAGUGAGCUUAUGUUACAAGACAACACAUUCAAAAUGUUAUAUCCAUUCAUGAUAAGGACCCAGAACCUAUCAGAGUACAUACAUGUGCUGUAGUUAUGGUUAAUUAUGUUCUAUUCAGAGUAGCUGAUUUGCUUUAAAGGGCAAAUCAACCAUAAUGAAUCAACCUUAAUGGCCCAUCUCAAGUCCUUAUCUGUCCAGGUUCAUUACCCAUAAUGCAACAUUUUGAGCAGUGUAGUCUUGUGAUACAGGCCCACUUGAAUGGUAAUACAUUAAUCCACAACACAAUAAUUGUGUAUCAAGAAGCAAAUCAUGUACUUUUCCUCUCAAAAGCAUUUUAGUUUAUCUUCCUGAAUGUAGCUAUAUGCUAAUUUAUUUUUUCUGUGUUACUAUUACCUUGUUUACACGCUGCAUCGGCUUGCAGUUCAGAACAGCGAACAGAUGCAAAAUUGGCUUUUUUGUUGCGUGUAAACGUGAUUAACUUGCAUUGGCUCUAUGUGCAGAAUCUGCAAUAUUGCACCACCAGAGUAGUAGGUUCAGAACCGCGAGCUGAUGCAGAAUCUGCUUUUUUAUCUACGUGUAUAAAACAGAAAGCCAAUUCUGCAUCGGCAAUUGGCGCGCAUCACAUUUACUUUACCAUUAUGACGUAAUUGAAAGUACACAGAUCCAACGUUGCCUUUAUUAUGACGUAUAUUGUUUGUGCAAGGAUCAUUUCAGGUUUUUUGCCAUGCUUGCCGAUUCUGCACCGUGAGCUGUGACAGCGUGUAAAUGCGGUGCAAGCUAAAACUAAAAACCGAUUCUGCAUCGGCUAAUGGUUCUGAACCAAAAGCCAAUGCACAUGUAAACACGGUAAAUAAAAUCCAUAUCUCAACAGGUACAUUUGGUACCAGCCUUAUGUAACAGACAGUCAAUAGAGACCUUACAUAGUUCGCUCCCCUUUAAUUGGGGAAUUUUCCUGACACACUGUUGUGCAUUUUGAAUGCUUUAUUUUUGCUUUUGAUGAAAAAUGACCCUUCAUAUCAAUCUCUUACACUCAGUUACAUGUAUGUUUUUUUAUUCAAAGAUUUACAAGUAUGUAUUUGUACUAUAGAUAGUAUAAGUCUCUAAACGAAUGGGCAUAAAUAUCUCCUUGUCUUUUCUUUUAAAGAAUACAUGUACUAGGACUUAUCCUUGGUGCCUGUUAUAUUUUCAGCAAUAAUAUUGAACAAAGUUUAUGCAUUUCAUGUUGGAAUUUUAUCAUUUGGUGAUCAACUGGCUGGCUAUCAACACAUUUCUUGUUUUCUUGACUUCAUUUCUUUAUUUUCUUGUACAUUUCCAAUAGAGAUUUCAUACAUGUACAUGUAGGUAUUGCCAAUGAAACACAGUAUCUUUGUUUUAAUUUGUCACAGAUUUUUUCAUGAAGUAUGCCUUUUGACUACAUAUAAAUCAAAAAGUCAAAAUAUUCAAUUUUGAAUUUUAUUUGUAUUUAAGAUGUCCAUACUGAGUUUUUACUCUGUUUCUUCUUAUUGAUGACGUCACUAGGAUUUUUUAAUAGCUUCAUGGGUUUUCAGUUUCAUGAAGUGUGACUUUUGGGGAUGUUUCAAUUAUGUGCUGUAGUACUAUUAUAUAUUGUCACAUUUAUGGUUCACUUGUAGCAGUGCCAUAGUGAGCCACGUUUUCCUCAAAAAGCAUACUAUUCAAAAUAAGUAUUAAACUUGUUUAUCUAAUGUCUAAUACCGCUUUAAAUCAAGUCUCUAAACACUUUAUGCAACACACUAGGUUUUGUUGAGAUGCUGUUACAGGCUCAAGUGCUUCAAGGAAUUAAUUCCUGCCAGGUACCCAUUUACCUCACCUGGGUUGAGUGCAGCACAAUGUAGAUCAAGUUCUUGCUGGAGGAAUGUGAAGCCAUGACCCUCUGUUUCAAAGUCUUGGACUAAUCCACUGGGCCAUAACAUUGGAAAAAGGGGCAUAUUUCAAUAAUGCCCAAUAUAGGCCUAAUUUAUCUAGUUGAGAAACCUUGUGCGCUAGAGGCAUACUUCUUGAAAAUGGUGACAAAUUCUGAGCAGUUCAUGUAAAUUAUGUUCAAAAAUGUUAUGGUGUAUGGAAAACUUCUCCUUCAACUUUAAAAGAAUAUAUAUUUUGUUAUAAAUUAUAUGCUACAUUAUGUUAUCAGGGUCGUUUGACCCUUUGUAUAUUUUUAUUUUACUGUACAGUGUAAAAAGUACUUUUUACCAUUAUCAGUACUGAUUUAAUCAAAUACUCAUGUUUUUUAGUGAUGUAUAGUACCAUCUCAUUUCACUGUGUAUUAACCGAUGACUACUGAAUUUUGUGAUUCUUAUAGGCUUUAUACUGGUAGCACCCAGUUCUAGUAGGCAGUUGGUUAUGUACAUGUAUCUGCAGCAAUGAUCAUAGUUCCUAAAAUUAUUAAUUAGUUUUGAUUGUAAUUGAACAAGCUAAACAUUGCAUAUGGUAAUGGGUUGUGCAUAUUUGCAUACAGAAGAUCAUUUUUCUCUUUUCUCCACUGGUGUUGUUUUGAAGGAAUAUCUAUAGCCAAAAGCUUAAUCAUCCAACAGUUUUGGAUGAGGAAAAGGGUUCUGAAAUUGUUUUAAUACUUCACAAUCACAAAAUCAUGUUAUCAUAUUUGCCCAAUAUUCUCAUAUUUUGAGAAAUACAUAUUUACCUAUUAAAUAUUUUUUAGGGUAAAGAAUUCAAGUUAUUAAAAACAAAAACCCAAAUUUAGCCACUGUCCAUACAUGUAUGUUCAGAUAACGACAAUCUUGCUCUGGUGGAUAUCUUUACCUUUAUGGAGAUUGGAGAAACUAUUAUUUUAUCAAAAGGUCAAUUGAUAUAUGAUUUAUCUAUUGAUUUCUCUUCCAGUCUAAUAGAAUUACAUGGGAUAUAAAACUGAGCAUGUGUAUCCAAACUACAGUGUGGAGUGGCAAGGAUUUUAUCAGGUUUUGAGCAAAUUCUCUAGUCAGUAAUAGCUCAUUUCAUUUUGUGGUAUUUUUUUUAUUAAAUUCUUCAAAUGAUUUUAUUUUUUCAGAUUUCAUCUUGAAUGUGUCAAGAUGGUCUGUCAUCUAUAUUUGAUUUCAUUUUGACUAGGCCUAUGUGCAGUUGAAAAUCUAUGUAGGAACCAGAUCCAGAAUAUGUUGACUGAUGGAUAUUUAGUUGAAAACUUAAUAAUCAUAAUCAGUCUUUUUGACUUUAAUAUCAAUGCGGUUUUUGGACUAGGUUAAGUUGCUUAUUUCAUGCAUCGCCUUUAUAUUGUGCAAUUUUUUUCAUCAAGGGUAUUGUACCUUUUUUCACAUUUUCAUUCUCAUUUUUUAGCUGAAUAUAGGGUAUUCAUAAUGAUGAGAAGCAAUGCUUUUCCUAUUUAAUGAUAAUAUUCAUAAUGUUCAUUUUAGUUGGUAUUGUUUCUUUUACUGCCUAAUUUUUUGACACUCAGUUUGGUGUUUGCUUAUAUGCCAUAUGAGUUUACUAAUAUUACUCCUGAAAAAGCUAUAUUUAUCCUUUUUUCAUAAUCAAAAUGCUUGUUCAUAUACUUUACAUGAAUCAUGGGAUCAUGGAAUUAAAAUAUAAUUGUUUCACCAACAACAAAAUUGUCUGUGUUACAGUAUGUAUUUCAACAAUUAAACAAGUGUUCUGAAUAUUAUUGUUUCUAUGAUAACGGUUGCAUGAAAUGCCUGGGCUGUAUUGGAUUUUGUUUUUAUCCUUUUUUUUCAUUGCUUGUUUAAUAGUUAUGUAUUGUACACAUUAUUUUAUUAUUUCAAUGCAUUUUAUUGGUCAGGCUCUAAUAUUUGCUUAACAUAUUUGUUAUGUAUUCAUUCUUAAUGUAUAUAAUGAAUGUACAUGAUGUACUUAGAUGGUGUUCUUGGGGCUUACUUUGACCUUUUUGAAAGACUUUAAAGACGAUGUUGCAGCUGACUAUUUUACAAUCUUAGUUUUGAUGUAUCAUGACAUUAUAGUUCUUGCCCUGUGGUUACCCCUGUUAAAGUUAUUCUUAUAAUUUAUUAAUUCAUAAUGUUAACAUGACAAAGGCAUGGUAUGUUACAGGUGUUAUUGAAAUACUUAUUGUAUAUUAUGUCCUGACAUUAACCUAAAAAAUGUUUUUUAAUGGUUAUUUGAAAUUAAUAUGGCUUCAUUUAUUUCAUUUGUUUUGUAUUGGAUAAUCAUUUGGGGGGAGAUUGGCAGACAAUUGUAUGAUUAUGUUAUGUCAUUUUUCAAAAGUACAGUGGAAACUCUAGAUAGCUAUGCUCUGCUGUACCUGUCACUUAGAUGACAAGGUGGGUGUGUCAUAAGGCUGUUCUAAGUUAAGAGUGACAGAAUGACUGGUGAUCCUUUCUUGUGGUAAAUGGCAUACACCAAAAUGUUCAUUGGUGAUUGUUUAGCAUGUAAGAAUGGUUCACUAGUAGUUCUUGAAAUUGCUCUUAACUUACGAACAGCUUUAUGAAACACCCCAAAGUUGGAGUUGUCAUAAAGGUAUGUGAGUUUCAUAAUGUACUCUAAUCAUUGUACUAUUCCACAAUGAAUUGGUAUCAUUGUGGAAAAAGGGAUUUUAUUGAAGUCCUACCUUUUGUAAAGUAAUGAUUUAAGCUUGACUUUCUUCCCUUCGUUGAAACAUCAAUUUGAAUACACUUCUUUAAACCAAGGUAAUUUUAAUGUGGUAGUUUGAUAGAAAUAUCGUGUCCAAAAAAAAGUUCCCGACAGCAGAACUUUGAUUGUUAAUGUUAUUUAUUUGAAAGUUCUCUUGUUUAU